CUUCAGGAUCAUCGGAGUUUCUGUUAGUUAAAGAGGAGACAGAUUGACAAUUAACAAUCAUAAUAAUUGUAGCAGAGUUAAAAAAUAAAUAUCGUGUCAUCUAGCUGUCAGUGGAAUUUAUUUAUUUAUAAAAAUGAUGAAUAUCCACAAGAUAAGUUUGAAAUUAUGUAGACUGUGUGGAAAAGAAAAAUCCCGAGGUACUGACGUCUUCAAAGAUAAAAUAAAAGGAGCAGUACUAGUUUCUAUUAUCAAUAAAUAUUUUCCAAAAGAGAUAAUAAACGUUUCGAUAUCUGAUACAUUUUCAAAGUAUGUCUGUAUGGAUUGUGAACAAAAAAUAUGCAGCUUUGAUGAGUUUUGCUUGAUGGUAGCUAAUGUUCAAAAGCAACUUGCUGCUCCAUCAUUAGAAAUUGAUUUUGCAGAGGAUAUGCUCUGUCAUCUAAAAGAAAAUGAAAUGUCCAUAGAGAAACCCAUUGCUAAUUCCCGGGUAAGAAAAAAAUUCAUGUGCGAGCAAUGCGCUAAAAGUUUUCGAUGCCUGUCACACUUAGAAAGACACAAACGCAUUCAUACUGGCCAGCGCCCGUUCAUUUGUAAUAUCUGCUCGAUGUCAUUCAAUCAACAGGAAGUACUGAGAAAACACCAGGAAAGUCAUCAAGGAAAAAAAGAAUUCCGGUGCGAAACUUGUCUCCAGUCGUUUCGUUACAAAAUAUCUCUAAAAUCCCACAUGCUAAACUUCCAUUCAGAGUCUGACCAGAGCUCGGUGGUAAAUCCUUACAGUAAUAAUCCGCUGACUUGCACUGAAUGCGGCAAAACAUUCGCGACAAAGUACAAACUUCAGAGACACUCGCGCUGUCACACAGGGGAGAGACCUUACAGUUGUAAUUUUUGCAAUCGAUCGUUUUCACAGACUGGUAAUUUAAAAUUACACUUAAGUAAAUGCUCUCGCAAUAUGAUGCCAGAGGGAAUAGAAGUAGGAGUUGACUUUGGGGACGGCAGUCUUGAAUGCCGGGAAAAUGAACCUGAGUCUUUGACUGAUCAGAGACUGGAACCUUUCCCGCCAGUUUAUAUAACCGAGAGCGAAAUUCAAAAGACGAUAAACGAAACGAUAAAUUCAACUGAUCCAAACUCAUCGUCAUAUUUGAUUAAAAGUUAUGACAAUCAAAUUUACAUCGACGACGAAAUAGAAACUAUACUUGACCAAGAUCUGGGACAUCUCGACGCCAGCUCUGAAAAAAUGUCUCUCUGUUUAAAACAGCCUGAGACACCGGAAUUAUUUCACAGUCUACUGUAUGACGUUUGAUAAAUAAUAAUAAAUAUAAAUAUAUAUAUAUAUAUGAAUAAUAACAAUUGAAGUUAGAGUAGUAAUACAUAUUUAUUGUUACUCUUUUACAAUCAAUUCAAUGAGCUUGAUGCCACUAUCACAAAUGACCACUCCGAUGACGCAGUGAAAAUAACAAAUAAAUUUUUAUUUAAAAAAAAAUAAUUAUCAAAAAUUUAAUAUAUCCUACAGAUUUAAUAGACAAGAAAAAGAGAUUAAAAAAGAAAACAAAAGCAAAAAAAGUUUAAAACAAUACACUGAUGUAACUAAAAAAAUGAAUAGUCAAAUAGAUUUUAAUUUCACAAUCUGAUAGUGACUUAUGAGCAUAAGUCGUUAGUAUAUUGUUCUAUAAAAAAAAUUGCCGAGCUUUGCCAUUUAUAUUUUCUGCUUCUACAUUUCCCUUUUUAUUUUAUAAUAUUUAUUUUAUUAUAUUUACUCUGUUAUUUAUUAUUUUUAUUAAUAUUUAU